AUGGUUGGACUCGUUUCAGCGGCUGGCUUGGUGGGCUUUCUGUCUGAGCCUGACACCGAGCUCAAAGUGUUUGCUUUGAAAACUUUGGACGCCCAAGUCGACUCGUUAUGGUCUGAGAUUGCUGGCUCCGUUGGGCAAAUCUUUUCUAUUUCAACUCGAACUAACUCAGUUUUACGCCACAGAGAAGCUCUUUGCGAGGACGAGUCCUUCCCUGAACGCGAACUUGCCUCGCUUGUCGCAGCCAAGGUUUACUACAAUCUACAGGAGUACAAUGAGAGCACGGUUUUCGCACUGGGGGCCGGUCAUCUUUUUGACAUUGAGAAUGGCGGCGAAUUUGAGGAGACCAUCAUCUAUACAUUUGUGUCUAUAUCCGCUAUCCAGAAAAGUGAUCCAAAUGUUGACACAUCAGGCAAACCCCAUGUUAAUACCGCCUUUCCUCAACAAGCCAAUGGAGCUGCAAGCACUUCUGCCAGCCUUACAUCACCAAUCACGCCAUUUUCACAAUCAACAUUACCAUCGAAAUCUCUUUUGUCCCGUCCUGAACCAUCGGUAGAUGCCGGCUAUCAGAGAGGGGAUACCGACGAUGUCGAAAGCUCAUCUGAAGUUCCUCUCGUGAUCCAGCGUGGAGUUCAAAAGCAGCUCCAAGCCGUUAUCAACCGUCUCUUCGAACGGUGUUUUCAACAAAAACGAUACCGACAAGUCAUUGGCAUCGCAGUUGAAGCAAAGAACCUAGACAUUCUUCGAACGGCGAUCUUACGCGCCGCCCGGGAUGAAAAGAGCCAAGGAGGCGAACCCUCGCGCCGAGGCGAGGAAUUAAUGGAAUAUGUUCUAGGCAUCUGCAUGAAUGUUGUGCAAGAGCGGGCUUUUAGGAAUGAGAUAUUAAAAUUAAUCCUUGAAUUGCUAAGCGAAAUCCCCUCUCCCGACUAUUUUUCCAUCGCGAAAUGUGUAGUUUACCUAAACGAGCACACGAUGGCCUCCGAUAUACUUCGACAGCUCGUGGAAAAAGGCGAUGCAAGAUCAUUGGCUGUGGCUUACCAGAUUUCCUUUGAUCUGUACGAUAACAGCACACAGGAGUUUCUAAGAAAAGUACGCCAAGAAGUGGCCGGUUUCACGUCUGAGAUUGAGGCUCCCUCCGAGAACGCAAACAAUACAGACGACGCAAGAGAAGUGGACGCUCUUCUUCUAGAUCAUGUCGAAUCAGACACUUCUAGUGCAGGAGACGGGAAAAAUAACUUCUCAGCAGAAGCACGUUCAGCAUUUGCCAACAUUCGCAACAUCUUGGAUGGCGUUAAUUCGAUUCAGCUAAACCUCGAAUUUCUGUAUCGAAACAACAAGGCCGAUAUUGCCAUACUCGAUAAGAUCAAAGACAGUCUUGAAGCCCGAAACUCCAUUUUCCACACGGCGGUUACUCUUUCGAAUGCGUUUAUGCAUGCUGGAACCACGCACGACAAGUUUUUUAGAGACAAUCUGGAAUGGCUUGGGAAGGCGGUUAACUGGUCAAAAUUCACUGCUACUGCUGCUCUUGGCGUCAUCCAUCGUGGAAAUCUGACUCAAGGUCAGAAACUACUGGCACCAUAUCUCCCAAAGGAAAAUAUUGCCGGAGUCGGCAGCUCUGGCUCUGUCUAUAGCCAAGGUGGAUCUCUCUAUGCUUUCGGUUUGAUCUACGCGAACCAUGAGGGUUGGGCUGUGGAGCUUAUUCGCGAACAUUUCAACAAGGCAACUGAAGAAGUUGUUCAGCACGGUGGCGCUCUUGGGCUGGGUGUCUCAGCUAUGGCUACGGGUGAUGAAGAUAUCUACACCGACUUGAAAAAUGUUCUCAACACAGACUCGGCUUUGAACGGCGAGGCUGUUGGUCUCGCGAUGGGCUUGGUCAUGCUAGGAACCGGAAAUAUGAAGGCACUUGAGGAUAUGAUUCAAUAUGCCCACGAUACGCAACAUGAGAAAAUUAUCCGUGGCCUAGCAAUGGGAAUGGCUCUAAUUAUGUACGGUCGUCAGGAAGCCGCUGACGAAUUGAUCAAUGGCUUGCUAAGCGACCCGGACCCCACCCUACGCUAUGGCGGAAUAAUGGCCAUUGCGCUGGCUUAUUGUGGUACGGGUAGCAAUAAGGCCGUUCGCAAGCUGCUUCAUGUUGCAGUUAGCGAUGUUAAUGAUGAUGUCCGGCGAGUGGCGGUGAUGAGCUUGGGCUUCAUCCUUUUCAGGAAGUAUCAUAGCGUUCCCAGAAUGGUCGAGCUCCUUUCCGAAUCAUACAACCCCCACGUCCGAUAUGGAGCGGCUAUGGCGCUUGGUAUAUCGUGCGCCGGAACUGGCUUAGAUGAGGCUGUGGACCUCUUGGAGCCUAUGUUAAAAGACCCGACCGACUUUGUACGACAAGGAGCUUUGAUCGCAUUGGCGAUGGUAUUAGUACAACAAAACGAGAUCAUGAAUCCCAAAGUUGGCACGAUCCGAAAGGCGAUGCAGAAGGUCAUUAGCGAUCGUCAUGAAGACGCCAUGGCCAAGUUCGGUUGUGCUGUUGCUUUGGGAAUCAUAGAUGCCGGCGGACGCAACUGCACCAUCAGUCUCCAGACACAAACGGGCAACCUCAACAUGCCGGGAAUUGUGGGCGCCGCUGUUUUCACGCAAUAUUGGUACUGGUUCCCGUUGACGCACUUCCUCUCCCUUAGCUUUACCCCUACUGCCGUUAUUGGUGUGGAUCAGAAGCUUGAAGUCCCCGCGUUCAAAUUCCAUUGCAACACGCGGCCAAGUCUGUUUGAUUAUCCACCUGAGCAGCAAGUUAAGGCCGAUGAAGCGCCGGAGAAGGUGAAGACGGCAGUGCUUUCGACCACUGCACAGGCUAAGCGACGUGCUCAACGGAAAGAAAGGGAACAACGCCGAGAGAGUAUGGACGUGGACCAAACACCGACGACGCCCAAGCAACCUGAUGACAAAAUGGAGGUCGAUGAAAGUCAGCCCAAGGCUGAGGAUAAGGAUAAAGCUGUCGAGAAGGAGGCAGAAACACCCAAGCGCAAGGCCGAAAAGGAGAAGGUCGGCUACGAAUUGGCCAAUAUGUCGAGGGUUCUCCCUGCACAAUUAAAACAUUUGACAUUCCCUGACCCACGAUACGAGCCAGUGAAACGGCCGACUGGUGGUGUCACCGUUGUCCUUGACAAAGCGCCAUCCGAAGCACGCGAAACCAUCGAAUUGAAAGCCAGCAAAGAUGUUCGGCAAGCGGCUGCACCACAGACGCUCCAGGAUCGAAUCAAUGCCGCCAUCUACGGUGAAGGCGAACCUUCCACUCCACAGCCCGCCGGUGUCAGCGCUGCGGGCAGUGGUGCUGCGGCAGCAGCGGGAGUCCUGACUGCGGUAGACGAAGACGAAGAGGGCGGCGAGGAAGCACCAGUUCCUGAUGAAUUUGGUUAUUAUACCGAUGCCGAAUGA